ACCCUACACUUUUUUUUUUCUCUCUCGCAGGAAAAGGGGAAAAAAAGAGUAAGAGGAAACUGCGAGCGCGAGACCCCGUGGCAGGUCGUCGCCGUGGUCAAAUCCGGCGGCGGCGGCGGAGGGGGGAAGUCUGACCGGACUGCGGCGUACGCGCCCCGUCCGGCAGGAUCCUUCGGGCUCCGCCCCAGGAGGAUAUCGUUCGCGCGGUAGGGUGCUUGAUUUGGAUGAGAGGAGCGCACCGUCGGCAUGGGUACCCCCUCUCAGGGCUCGGCGGCCGUGGCGGCGGCCCGAGUCGACCUCUGCGCUCUCGACCUGAUGCCCGUCUUCGCCAAGGAGAUGAUUGCCGGCGGAGUCGCCGGGGCUUUCUCCAAAACCGCCAUUGCGCCGCUCGAGCGCCUCAAGAUAUUGCUACAGACUAGAACAAAUGAGUUCAGGUCUCUUGGAGUUCUCAAAUCCUUGAAUAAACUGCGAAAACAUGAUGGCGUCUUGGGAUUUUACAAGGGAAAUGGUGCCAGUGUGUUACGAAUCGUUCCAUAUGCUGCAUUACACUAUAUGGCAUAUGAGCGGUACAGAUGUUGGAUCUUAAAUAACUGCCCCUCACUUGGGACGGGUCCUGUGGUAGAUCUUUUAGCAGGUUCAGCUUCAGGGGGGACUGCAGUCUUGUGCACUUAUCCCUUAGAUUUGGCUAGGACUAAGCUUGCCUUCCAGGUAAAUAAUUCAGAUCAACCUAGCAGUGCUUUGAAAAGGGCAAAUUCUCCACCAACAUAUGGAGGAAUAAAGGAUGUCUUUAGAGGUGUUUAUUCAGAAGGUGGAGUGCGAGCUCUGUAUCGUGGAGUAGGUCCAACACUGAUGGGAAUACUUCCUUAUGCUGGUCUUAAAUUCUACAUAUACGAAGGGCUGAAGGCACACGUACCUGAAAAUUACAAAAAUUCUGUUACAUUAAAACUCUCCUGUGGUGCUGCCGCUGGUUUAUUUGGACAGACUUUAACCUACCCAUUAGAUGUAGUCAGGAGACAAAUGCAGGUUCAGAGUCAUCUACAGCAUGAUCAAUUUGGUGGUCCACGAAUAACGGGUACAUUCCAGGGGCUUAAGAUCAUCAAACAAACACAGGGAUGGAGACAAUUGUUUGCUGGUUUGAGCCUCAAUUACAUCAAGGUGGUGCCCUCUGUAGCCAUUGGUUUCACUGCAUAUGACACAAUGAAGCAUUUGCUGAAGAUACCUCCGAGAGAGAACAAAAAGUCUGGCGAUGGUUCUAACUGACGCUUCAAUCCACAGGAGUAUACAUUACUUUGAACAAAAAGCAGGAGCUCUGCGAAGUGCCUUUUUGGAAGCUUCACGCCACAAGUCCACCAUUGUUAAUUUUGCUGCAUACUUACCCCACCUGACAUAUUCUUUCCAUUGUUGUUGUUUUCUAUUUCUACUUUGUUUUUUCCUUUCACGUGUAUAUUUUAUCCACUUAGUGGAUUGUUGUCAUUGAGAUAGUAUUUUGAUGAUAAAAUUUACAGAAGCACACAAAGAUCAUUUGAGCACUAGUACUUGGUUA